AUGACUAUCGAAAUUCCUCUGCUUUUAUCGUCUGCAUUUCCCCUAAUAUGGAAAGCGGGCUUAGCUCAACUUUCCUUUGCGAAAACUGGAGGUUCACUAGCUGCCAUGAAAGGGACUUCCCUUUUGUUAAGUAAAAUUGCUUCUUCUGGAAAAGGUGGACUAUUAGCAUCUACUUCUUCACAACUUGAUAACAUAAAAGAAGCAGCACAAAAGUUAGUUGAAGAAAUUGAAAAAAAUAUUAACUUAAGUUUAUUAUUUUACAAUAUAGACGAUGAAGAAACUGCUGGAUACUACUUAAUGAAAAAACGAGAAGAGCAUGAAAAAGGUUACUAA